UGAUGGAUCUUCACAAGGGUCGGGGGUGGGCCAAGGAGCGGAUGGGGAAUGGGGACUCUAGCAUGUCUCCUCGCUUCUUUCCAGGGCAGCCCUCCUCUGAGAAAUCCCAGGGACCGAGGAGGCUCCUAGCUAGUGCCCGCUUAUGUGCCAGGCUGCCAGGCAGGCUGCUAGCUUGGUGGGAGGCAGCAGGCAGGCUCCCCGCUCAGCUCCUCCGCGCCAGAUCAGGGAGCUGUCGGCUCAGCGCCCACGCCUUGCGCUCCAGCUCUGGGCAGCCCCGGGUGGGCUGGGGGAAGGCGCAAAGCUCCCUUCGCGACUGCAAGUUGACUUUCUCUCGCUGUUGCUGCCGGCAGAAUACAUACACCAAUGCAGACAAGCUCCUAGAAGCGGCGGAACAGCUGGCACAGACCGGGGAAUGUGACCCCGAGGAGAUCUACAAGGCGGCGCGGCACCUGGAGGUGCGCAUUCAGGACUUCGUGCGCAGGGUGGAGCAGCGGAAGCUUCUGCUGGACAUGUCUGUCUCUUUCCACACGCACACCAAAGAGUUGUGGACAUGGAUGGAAGACCUGCAGAAGGAGAUGCUGGAGGAUGUCUGUGCAGACUCGGUGGAUGCGGUCCAGGAACUGAUCAAGCAGUUCCAGCAGCAGCAGACCGCUACUCUGGACGCCACGCUCAACGUCAUCAAGGAAGGCGAAGACCUUAUCCAGCAGCUCAGGUCAGCGCCUCCCUCCCUGGGGGAGCCCAGCGAGGCCAGGGACUCAGCCGUGUCCAACAACAAGACCCCCCACAGCAGCUCCAUCAGCCACAUCGAGUCAGUCCUGCAGCAGCUGGACGACGCACAGGUGCAGAUGGAAGAGCUCUUCCAUGAGCGGAAGAUCAAGCUGGACAUCUUCCUGCAGCUGCGCAUCUUUGAACAGUACACCAUCGAGGUGACAGCAGAGCUAGACGCCUGGAAUGAGGACUUGCUCCGGCAGAUGAACGACUUCAACACGGAGGACCUGACGCUGGCAGAGCAGCGGCUGCAGCGCCACACAGAACGGAAGCUGGCCAUGAACAACAUGACCUUCGAGGUCAUCCAGCAGGGCCAGGAUCUGCACCAGUACAUCAUGGAGGUCCAGGCCUCAGGAAUUGAGUUAAUCUGUGAGAAAGACAUUGAUCUGGCAGCUCAGGUGCAAGAGCUACUGGAGUUCCUCCACGAGAAGCAGCAUGAGCUGGAGCUCAAUGCGGAGCAGACGCAUAAGCGGCUCGAGCAGUGCCUCCAACUGCGGCACCUCCAGGCUGAGGUCAAGCAGGUCCUGGGAUGGAUCCGCAAUGGGGAGUCGAUGCUGAACGCCAGCCUGGUCAACGCCAGCUCCUUGUCUGAAGCAGAGCAGCUGCAGCGGGAGCACGAGCAAUUCCAACUGGCCAUCGAGUCCCUCUUUCAUGCCACUUCCUUGCAGAAGACGCACCAGAGCGCCCUGCAGGUGCAGCAGAAAGCUGAGGCGCUGCUGCAGGCCGGCCACUAUGACGCAGACGCCAUCCGGGAAUGUGCGGAGAAGGUGGCCCUCCACUGGCAGCAGCUCAUGCUGAAGAUGGAAGACCGGCUGAAACUGGUCAAUGCCUCUGUGGCCUUUUACAAAACCUCUGAGCAGGUCUGUAGUGUCCUGGAGAGCUUAGAGCAGGAAUACCGGAGAGAUGAGGACUGGUGUGGUGGACGAGAUAAACUGGGGCCAGCAGCAGAGAUCGACCACGUCAUUCCACUCAUCAGUAAACAUCUGGAACAAAAGGAGGCCUUUCUUAAGGCCUGCACCCUGGCACGGCGGAAUGCGGAGGUGUUCCUCAAGUACAUCCACAGGAACAACGUCAGCAUGCCCAGUGCCGCCAGCCACACUCGGGGACCCGAGCAGCAAGUGAAAGCCAUCCUGAGCGAGCUCCUGCAGAGGGAGAACCGUGUCCUGCACUUCUGGACCUUGAAGAAGCGGCGGUUAGACCAGUGCCAGCAGUACGUGGUGUUUGAGCGCAGUGCCAAGCAGGCGCUGGACUGGAUCCAAGAAACAGGUGAAUUUUACCUCUCAACGCAUACCUCCACCGGAGAGACCCCAGAGGAGACUCAGGAACUGCUGAAGGAAUAUGGGGAAUUCAGGGGGCCUGCCAAGCAAACGAAGGAGAAGGUGAAGCUACUGAUCCAGCUGGCCGACAGCUUUGUGGAGAAGGGCCACAUCCACGCCACAGAGAUCAGGAAGUGGGUGACCACGGUGGACAAGCACUACAGAGACUUCUCCCUGCGGAUGGGGAAGUACCAGUACUCCCUGGAGAAAGCCCUGGGCGUCAACACAGAGGAUAACAAGGACCUGGAGCUGGACAUCAUCCCAGCGAGCCUUUCGGAUCGUGAGGUAAAGCUGCGGGACGCCAACCACGAAGUCAAUGAAGAGAAGCGGAAGUCUGCCCGGAAGAAAGAAUUCAUCAUGGCCGAGCUGCUCCAGACAGAGAAGGCCUACGUAAGGGACUUACACGAGUGCUUAGAGACCUACCUGUGGGAAAUGACCAGUGGCGUGGAGGAGAUCCCCCCUGGGAUCCUGAAUAAAGAGCACAUCAUCUUUGGCAACAUCCAGGAGAUCUACGAUUUUCAUAACAACAUCUUCCUCAAAGAGCUGGAGAAGUACGAGCAGCUGCCUGAGGAUGUGGGACACUGCUUUGUUACCUGGGCAGACAAAUUUCAGAUGUAUGUCACCUACUGUAAAAACAAACCUGAUUCCAACCAGCUGAUCCUGGAGCAUGCAGGCACCUUCUUUGACGAGAUACAGCAGCGGCACGGUCUGGCCAACUCCAUCUCUUCCUACCUGAUCAAGCCAGUCCAGAGGAUCACCAAGUACCAACUGCUCCUGAAGGAACUUUUAACUUGCUGUGAAGAAGGGAAGGGGGAGCUCAAGGAUGGCCUGGAGGUGAUGCUCAGUGUCCCGAAGAAAGCCAAUGACGCCAUGCAUGUCAGCAUGCUGGAAGGGUUCGACGAGAACCUGGACGUGCAGGGGGAGCUGAUCCUCCAGGACGCCUUCCAAGUGUGGGACCCCAAGUCUCUGAUCCGGAAGGGGCGGGAGCGGCACUUGUUCCUCUUUGAGAUCUCCUUGGUUUUUAGCAAGGAGAUCAAAGACUCUUCAGGACACACGAAAUAUGUUUACAAGAACAAGCUACUGACCUCAGAGCUGGGUGUGACGGAGCACGUAGAGGGGGACCCCUGCAAAUUCGCCUUGUGGUCUGGACGCACCCCGUCCUCUGACAAUAAAACUGUGCUGAAAGCCUCCAACAUAGAAACCAAGCAGGAGUGGAUCAAGAACAUACGGGAGGUGAUUCAAGAAAGGAUCAUUCACCUGAAAGGAGCUUUAAAGGAGCCCAUCCAGCUCCCCAAAACACCAGCCAAACUGAGGAACAAUAGUAAGAGGGAUGGCGUGGAGGAUGGUGACAGCCAGGGGGAUGGGAGCAGCCAGCCAGAUACCAUCUCCAUUGCCUCCAGGACCUCUCAGAACACAGUGGACAGUGACAAGUUUUUGAUGCUGAUGGCUGCAUCCAGGACAAUUUCCAGUCUGGGCUCUAAUUUGAAAUUCGCGGUGGAGGAACACCACCAGCACGAUGGCAACCUGGCUCCUCGGUGGCACCUGGGACCUGGAGAUCCUUUCUCCACUUACGUUUAGCGCGCAGCCUGGGACUUGUCCCUGCAGCUCUCCGGGGUGCCGUGCCGCCGUUGAGACCUCCCACCUGGACUCCCAUCACCCACCUCUCUUGAGACUGCUCUGGCAGGGCUGGUGUGGGCUGCAGCCUCUGCCCAGAGGGCAACAUGUUCCAAGCAAAAUCUACCCCCUGGGCUGUGGGCUCACCCCUCAGGGCUCCCUGCUUCUCUACUGGGUGCAAUUCGAGAUUGCCAAUCUUCUCUCCAAAGUCUAAAAUGGUGGGACAGUAGGGAACUGUGAGAGGCCUCAUGAUCCAAGAUACUUCCCCCAGCUCCCAGUCUGAACCCCAGGGACCCCAGGUCCUCGCUGCCCUAGAGGUCUACGGUGUCAAUGGACAAGGUCAAUAGAGGGAGGUACUUGUCUCUGGAGUUGUUCUCCAGCUUGACCAUGUCUAUUGUCAGUAGCCCCCAAUCUGGAAAAUGUCAUCUCUCUAAUCUAGCCUGCCUCCCCCACCUCGUGAGAAAGAGGGAGGAGGAAGAGGGAUGGUUUAUGAUAGAGAAGAAGAAGGUUCACUCUAGCUGUCCCCAAACAUGGGCAAACAUCCCCCAGCAAAUGUUCUAUCUGCUUCAGCCUACCCCGGUUGUGUCAAGAUUUUCUAGUUUCUUCUUAACCUCACUCACUCCCAGGGUCUCUGGUUCAGAGACCUCCCUCCCAACCUCCCGCUGCAUCCAGAUCACCCUUUCAGGGGGUGGGUGGGAAGUAGGAGAAGAAAUAAAUUAAACGCUCUGGUGACAUGUUGAUCGUUGUGGAGACUGGAGGAUGGGUACGUGGGCGUUCAUUAUACCAUUCUCUCCACUUUUGUAUAUGUUUGCAAUUUUUCAUAAUAAAAAGUUAAAGAAUAAAAAAAAAAGUCCUUCAGCUUCUGAGACUUAAGAGAGAGCCCCAACCCCUAACAGUUUCCUGGAAACCCCACAGUAAGGCAAGAGGCAAAGAUAAUUCCAUUACAUAUAUAUGUAUAUAUAUAUUCAUUUUCUAAUUUUUUAAAGGCCCAUUGCUUUAUUUUCAAUAGACUAAACCUCAUUUCUAAGAGGGCCCAACAUUGGGCUCACUCUCCCCAGCUGGGCUACGGGGGAGGGCUGGGUAAAGGGUCCUGAAAAUCCUGAAAGUUUACACUUCCAUGUGUCUCACAGUCGCACUGUGAGGACGGGGUCUGUUCAGUGAUCUGAACUCGGGGAAGCGUGCGCUCAGUGCAGGUCGUGCUCUGGAUUGGCACCUGGCUCAGGAAAGGACUGUCUUUGUACUUGAAUUUAAAUCCAAUGGAGAACCUUAACACGGGCAUUUGCAUGACUGAGAAUUGCUGCUGUCUUUUUUCCGUAUGUCACUUUCUUGAAUGUGUUCUAAUAAAAUGAUUCUAAAGCA